AUGGUUGGUUCUUUACCUCCAGAAAUUGGAAAUCUAAAGGUUGUGACAGGGAUGGAUCUAUCAAUGAAUCAAUUCUCAAAUAGAAUUCCUAGAGAAAUUGGAGGAUUGCAAAAUUUGGAGCACCUUUCUUUGCGGCACAACAAUUUACAAGGAUCUAUACCUGAAUCAAUGAGCAACAUAGUAGGUUUGGAAUUCCUAGACCUUUCUCAUAAUAAUAUAUCGGGAAUCAUUCCUAUGUCUAUGGAGAAACUUCACUAUCUCAAGUAUUUCAAUGUUUCUAACAACAAGUUGUAUGGUGAAAUUCCUUUGGGGUGUCCUUUCAAGAACCUCUCGAGUAAGUUUUUCAUCCACAAUGAAGCAUUUUGUGGUUCUUCAAGAUUUAGUGUCCCGCCAUGCCCCACUUCAUCAAAACACAGAUCAAAUAGAAAAAAAUCACUACUUCUACUUCUUUUGCUAGGAAUUGCACUUCUAUUUGUUCCUAUCACCUAUGUGUUUGUAUGGAUAUGGUCUAGAAGAGGUAAAAGAGCUCCUCAACAAGCUAAUUCACUAUCCACCGUAGAACGAGAAAUAAUUUCUUACUAUGAACUGCUCCAAGCAACUAAUGCGCUUAGCGAGAAUAAUCUGAUUGGUUCCGGAGGUUUUGGCUUUGUUUACAAAGGUGUUCUUAGAAGUGGGACUGUCAUUGCAGUUAAAGUGUUUAAUCUGCAAAUGGAAGCGGCAUUCAAGAGUUUUGAUAUAGAAUGUGAAGUUUUGCAUAGCCUUCGCCAUAGCAAUCUUGUGAAAGUCAUCACUAGUUGUUCCAACCUUGAUUUUAAGGCUUUAGUGCUCGAGUAUAUGCCUAAUGGGAGUCUUGAGAAGUAUUUGUAUUCGCACAACUACUUCCUAGACAUUAGGCAGAGACUAAGCAUAAUGAUAGAUGUGGCAUGUGCAUUGGAAUAUCUCCACCAUGGAUGCUCGUUGCCCGUGAUUCAUUGUGACUUAAAGCCUAGUAACGUCUUGCUAGAUGAGGAUAUGGUUGCCCACCUAAGCGACUUUGGUAUUUCAAAACUACUUGGUGAAGAUGAGAGUGAUUUAUAUACUACAACCUUAGCAACAUUUGGCUAUAUUGCACGGGAGUAUGGAAUGGAUGGACUGUUGUCAAUAAAAUGUGGUGUCUAUAGUUAUGGGAUCAUAUUACUGGAAACGUUUACUAGGAGAAAGCCUAAUGAGUUUGAGGGAGAUCUUAGCUUGAAGCAAUGGGUGAUUUAUUCACUCCCCAAGGCAGUAAUGGACGUUGUAGAUGCCAAUUUAGUAACACCAACGGAUAAUCGCUUACAAAAGGAUCUAGAUGUUGUGGAAUCAAUCAUGAAAGUCGAAUUAGAUUGUUGUGCUAAAUCUCCGGCAAGAAGGACAAACAUGAAAGAUGUUGCAGGGAUACUACAGAAGAUCAAGAUUCAACUUCUUGCACGUUGA